UGAGAAAGAGCAAAGAUAAGGAGGUUCAGCCAACCCAAGUUGAACAUGCAGAUGACAGUCCAGUCUACUCGGAGGGUGAGAAUGAUCCAAUUGUUCCUCCUUUCUCGUCACCCUUCAUGGAACAAUCUUAAGGCAAGCCAAUUUUCAAAGAAAGGGAUGCAGACCGCAAAGAUGGAUUUGCGAAGUCAUAUUUUUGAAAAAGGCACUAAGGUGAUGCAUGAAACUGGAGAUGAAAGUCAUAGAACACUACAAGCUAUUUCAAAACAAGUAGUUGAGCAAGUGCGACAGCCCAAACCUGAGGUCCCUCAUCCAGCCAUGGAAAUGCCUAGACAGAUUCAUGAAGCACCGAUCCUAGCACUCGAGACCAUGGCCAUCAACCUCAGCACAGACUUGAGGAGUGUUGCCAAAAAUCGUAGUUUGUUUUAUGCUCAAAGAAACCUUGCUGAUGAAGACCUGAGGUGGUUUAUUGAAGCGCAAAGAUCCAGACAUAAUAGGAGCAUCAGGUCAGACCGGCAGAGACUCAAGGAGCAAGGAAGGAUCAUUGUGACCAGGAACUUCAACGUAGAAAGUACCAGACCUCACUUAGCUGGUACUAGAUCUCCAAGGAUGGUUAAACCACCACUUAGGUCACCUUCCAAGCGAUGGGAGAAAGUCAGUCAUCUAGAGUUUCCAACCCAAAAUCCUAGAACCUUGAGGCGCAGACUGCAGCACAAGAAGGUUAAAGAGUGGAAAAUGCAACAGAAACAGGUGGAGGCUAAGGAAAGUUCAUUUCGCAGACCACACCAACCUGCCAAAAGGAACAUGGUGUGGAUGAGAAAAGAGAAAAAGGAAGCUGCAUCCCAGACUUUAUUGGAGGGGGAGGACCAAUCUCCAACCUCUCCAAAGGUGGCAUCUGUCAUUGUGGGUGCAAAUCGAGUGUUCAAAGUAACUUUUGAAACACAGAAACAGUAUGAAAAUCCUAGAGCCAAAAGUGAGGAAAGAUCAAUUGUCUAUGAGUUCCCAAAACAGACAGAAGAAAAGAAAAUCGUGGUUCCAGCCCAGGAUGAUGAAGAGGAGGACAUGGCUAACAAAAUAGCGUUUGAAAAACCAGAAGAAAAGAUGGCCAGACAUAUUAGGUCGCUUUAUAUCAAUGCUCACAUGGAUGAGACUCCAAUCAACUAUGUCUUGGUGGAUAACGGAGCUGCAAUCAAUGUCCUUCCAACUUACAUGCUUUAUGAAAUAGGCAAGUCUCUUGAUGAUUUAGUGCAUACCGAUGUUAUAAUUAGUGAUUUUAUAAGAGGGUGAAUCAUUCAAGGAGCAUGCUGCCUAUUGAAUUAGCAGUGAGAAAUAAGACACUGAUGUCUGC